AGUGGCGGCAACGAGGGGAGGGGAGGCGUAGGCCCGGCUGCUGGGGAGGGUCCGCUGCUGACCCCGCUCCUCCUCCCUUCCCCUUCCCCCCCGGGGCUGUAGGAUGGUAAAAUGACGCAGGGGGGGAAGAAGAAGAAACGCGCUGUGAACCGCAGUAUCAUGCUGGCCAAGAAAAUCAUCAUUAAGGACGGCGGGACGCCUCAAGGAAUAGGUUCACCUAGUGUCUACCAUGCUGUUAUAGUGAUCUUCUUGGAGUUUUUUGCUUGGGGACUCUUGACAGCACCUACUCUGGUGGUUUUGCAUGAAACCUUCCCAAAACAUACAUUUCUAAUGAAUGGUCUAAUUCAAGGUAAAGGUAAGGUGGUGAAAGGCUUAUUAUCAUUCCUCAGUGCCCCACUCAUAGGUGCCCUGUCUGAUGUGUGGGGACGAAAGUCCUUCUUGCUGCUAACAGUAUUUUUCACCUGUGCACCAAUACCACUGAUGAAGAUCAGCCCAUGGUGGUACUUCGCUGUUAUCUCCGUCUCAGGAGUUUUUGCAGUGACGUUUUCUGUGGUUUUUGCAUAUGUAGCAGAUAUAACCCAAGAACAUGAAAGAAGCAUGGCCUAUGGUUUGGUUUCGGCAACUUUCGCAGCAAGUUUAGUUACCAGCCCUGCUAUCGGUGCCUAUCUUGGUCGAGUCUAUGGAGACAGCUUGGUGGUGGUCCUGGCCACAGCAAUAGCCUUGUUAGACAUUUGUUUUAUUCUUGUUGCUGUACCAGAAUCGCUGCCAGAGAAGAUGAGGCCAGCAUCUUGGGGAGCACCCAUUUCAUGGGAGCAGGCUGACCCUUUUUGCAGUAAGCUAUUUAAAUAUGGAAUAUUUUAUUUUUGGGCCAGGACCUCAAUUGUGCUGCUCAUCUGCAUAACAGUCUUUCUUUCCUACCUCCCUGAGGCAGGGCAUAUUCCAGGCUUCUUUCCUAUAACCUCAGACAGGAUAAUGGGAUUUUCAUCUGAAAGUGUUGCAGCAUUUAUAGCAGUUCUUGGAUUCUUUCCAUUAUUGCGCCAGACAAUAGUUUUGAGUUUACUUAUGCGGUCCAUUGGGAACAAAACCAUCCUACUGGGCCUAGGGUUUCAAAAUCUACAGCUUGCAAUGUAUGGCUUUGGAUCAGAACCAUGGAUGAUGUGGGCAGCUGGGGCUGUUGCAGCCAUGUCCAGUAUUACUUUCCCAGCUGUAAGCGCAUUGGUUUCACGAACUGCUGAUGCUGACCAACAGGGUGUUGUUCAAGGGAUGAUAACAGGAAUUCGAGGACUGUGUAAUGGUUUGGGACCAGCACUUUAUGGCUUUAUAUUCUAUAUAUUUCACGUUGAACUGAAUGAACUCCCCAUGCCUGAAUCGCCAUCAGGAGGUAGUGUGGUCGCACAGUACCAUUUACAACAAAAUUCUAUCAUUGCUGGACCCCCAUUCUUGUUUGGAGCGUGCUCUGUGCUGCUGGCACUACUUGUUGCCUUGUUCAUUCCUGAACAUACAAACCUAAAUGUACGAUCCAGCAACUGGAAGAAACACUGUGGCAGCCAUGGCCACCCCCCACAGUCCACAGCUCGUGAAGCUAAAGAACCAUUAUUGCAAGAUACAAAUGUAUGACAGGAUCCAGGAAGAUCUUUUAGGACUUUUUUUUCAGCAGCAGUUUGGGAUACACAUUCCAUGAAACAUCCAGUUUUUAAGGGUAACCUUAAGAAACAGCUUUCUGCAUGAAAUUUAUAGGUAAUGUUAAAAAAAAAAAAAGUUUCUCCAAAGAUGUUGCCAUUGAGUUCAUAAUUUGCUUUUCAAAACCAACUGUCACUUACUCCUCUCUUGACAUGAAAUACUGUUAAAGUAAACCUUACCUCUAGUUCAGAGUCAGAAUGGAGACCAGGCAUGAGCAUGUGUCAUUCUCUUUCCUUAAGGUGGUGAGCUUUAAUUCUAGUCAUGCUAAGUCUCAAUGAGACAGAGUAGCCAUCUGUGUGGACCCAUUCAUUUUAAUGUUGUAAAAUCUUGGGUCAGAUGAUUCAAGCCUUAAUGUAAAUGUACUUGAGUAGGGAGAAGGUGAAUUGGUAUAAUUUAUUUAAGAAGUCAUAUGGCAGGGUGUUUUUUUAAGUUUGUACUGAUAUAAAGAUCACAUGAAGCACGCUUGCUGAACAGUAAAAGUUAUUUUAUUGUAAGUGCAUUUACUCUUUCUAUUUUUGAAUAAACGUAGUAUCAAACACUUGUUUAAAUAUUAAGUGGGUGUUUUGAGCCUACAAAUUUUCAUACUGGCUCUAAAACUCCGCUUUCCUAAGUACCGUUUAUUAUACCACUAUAUUUCUGAUGUUUGCGUAAAUCAUAAAAGGACCUCAAAACUUGAAUACACAGAGACUGAAAUAUAAGCUGAUAGCCUUGAACACAUCCGUAUGCUAUAUCGUGGCCUUUGAGGACUGUCGCAAAAUAACCCUUUUGCAUUACAGAGCUAAUGUUUUUAGUCCUAAAUUUUCAGGAUCCUUAGUAGCACGAAGAGAGCUUUAUAAAUACUGAUGUGAAUUUCUCUAAAAAGUUGUAUAUUUUUGUGUCCAGUUGUAUUAUUUAAGUGUUCUUUGUAUAAAUUUGUGUAUAAAGUGAUUGUAUAGGUUUAAAAUGUUUUUCAUCUUGUGGUUAUUGCUUAAUGCUUUUUUACCUUCAAACAUUCACCAUGGUUGACCAAGAGCAGGAAAAAAUUAUGUAAUAUACUGGUAAUAAGUUGAAUAUUUUAAUGAA